CCGUGAAGAUGCUUCAGGUGGUUCACUUAUUUGUUAUUAUUACCUCAAUUUUUUUAAAUUUUGUAGGGGUGAUUAUGAAUUUGUUUAUUACAGUGAUCAUUUAUAAGACUUGGGUUAAAAACCAUAGAGUCUCUUCUUCUGAUAGAAUACUUUUCAGUUUGAGCAUCAGCAGAUUUCUUAUGCUGGGACUGUUUCUACUGAACAUUGUCUAUUUCAUUGCUUCAAAUGCUGAAAGAUCAGUCCACCUUUUUGCUUUUUUGUUGUUGUUUUGGAAGCUUUUGGACUCUAGCAGUCUCUGGUUUGUGACCUUGCUCAACUGCUUGUAUUGUGUGAAGAUUACUAAUUUCCAACACUCAGUGUUCCUCUUGCUGAAACGGAUUAUUUCCCAAAAGAUCACCAGACUUCUGCUGGGCUGUAUGCUGAUUUCUGUCAUCACCACCCUCCUGUAUUUUGUGCUCAGACAGAUAUCACGUGUCCCUGAAUUUAUGACUGGGAGAAAUGGCACAUGGUUUGACCUCAAUGAAAGCAUUUUGACUUUGGUGGUCUCUUUGGUCUUGAACUCAUUAUUCCAGUUUAUCCUUAAUGUGACUUCUGCAUCUCUGUUAAUACAUUCCUUGAGGAAACAUGUACAGAGGAUGGAGAGAAACUCCACUGGGUUUUGGAAUCCUCAGACUAAAGCGCAUGUAGGUGCUAUGAAGCUGAUGAUCUAUUUCCUCAUCCUCUAUGUUCCAUAUUCAGCUGCGACCCUGUUCUUUUAUCUCCCUUCUUAUGCAAGGAUGGGCCUGGGAGUCAAAGCCUUUUGUGUAAUUAUUUCCUCUCUUUACCCUCCAGGACAUUCUGUUCUCAUCAUUCUUACACAUCCUCAACUGAAAACAAAAGCAAAGAAGAUACUCUGUUUCAACAAAUAGUCAGGGUUGGGGGUUUAGCUCGGUUGCACAGUGCCUGCUUGGCAAAUGUGAGGCCCUGAGUUUGAUUCCCGGCACCCAACAACACCAACAACAACAACAACAAAAAAACAAAUAGAGGAGUUUCACUAGUAAACUUUGGCUGAGGUCAUUUCAUAAUUUGGGUGUAAGAUGGUUGUGUUCCCAGUAAUCUGAAGAAUUACUUUUGUGAUCCUUUAUCUGACUUUCCAGGCCUUUGAGUACCUAUUUUUCUGUUAAUUUUGUGUAGUUUUGCUAAUAUUUUAAAAUAAGGUAUGUUCUCUAAGGAGCUUGCUUGAGACAUAACUUACAUUAUUUCCUAUAACCCUGUGGUGUCAGACCUAUGACACAUGUGCUUUUUUUCUUUUAAAACAAAAGGUGUUAGUGUAUGAAUUGUUUUUUCUAAAUGAAAACAUCAGUAUUCAGGUUUAAUUUCAGUGUUGGUACUUAAUGAUGAAUAAGUGGGUCUGAUGUUGUAGUUUGGGCAAAAAAGCUUUGCUAGCACUGCUAUAGCCACUGUGUUCCUGGCUAAUAGAAAUUACUAUAUUGUUCCAUUAACUACUCAAGUACAUAUAGUGGGAAGUUUCCUCCCGUUAAGGAGUACAUUAUGGUGCACAUUAAUUUUUUUCAGUUUAGAGAGCCAUGACUUGGGUCAGUGGUAGGUUAGUGGUGAUUGAAACCCAGUGGACUGCCUUACAGUGUGACAAGUGGGUGCAAAAAAGAAAAGAGGGUGAUAAAGGUUACAGAGAAAAAAAGGAAAAAAUGGUAAAAAGAAUAGGUAUACAUUGUGGGAAAAGAUAGGCAAAGGGUCUUCAUAUUUACUUAGUGAGAGUAAAUGAACUAUUAUUGCUAAGAAACCUAGUACUGAACUUCUAGGCUAGAUCUGACAAGGAGAAAAGAGUUGGACUUGAUAGGUGGAUAGAAAUGAUGAAUAAUAAUGAAGCCAAAUCCAAAAUGGUUUCAUGAAUCUUGAAAUCCACAGAUAGGCUAAGGUAAGGUCAAAAUCAAGUUCCACAUAUUGAAGCUAGCACCAUCAGAGCAAAAAUUUAUAGAGUACUGUGUCUUACCAUCUAAUAUGGAAUUCAUUGGAAAGCCAAGAACAGCCAUUGGUUUGGUAGUGGGAGUGCUUGACUUUGGUGAACUUAUUCCAUUGGUUUCUGCAUUUAUGAAGUGCACAAUCCUCUAAGAGAACAAUUUCUGGAACUGGGACAACAGGACUAUGACUACAGAGGAACAAGAGUAUGAAAAUGGGAUGUUGACAAGUUUUGAAAUAGAAUUGAAUGUUAAUUAUUUUUAAUUAUGUAAUUUUAAAAAACUGCUCAUAUAAUGUAUGUAAAACUUAUAUUUAUAAAUCUCAAAAUAAAUGUCUUCAAAUUUUACAAAUUGCUGACUUUUUCUAUUUUUACUUUUAGAAUCUUGACUGUAAUAGCAAGUUUUACCUAAAUCAACAUUUUAUUUGUUUUAUUUUAUUUUAAAGAGAAUAAAACCAAAAAAAUAAAACAGAGUAAAGCUAGUCAAAACAGAACAGUGAAAGUGAUACAGGACUUCAAAAUAGAUAAUAGGAAAUCAACCAUUGCUACCAUAAUGCCUCUUCAAAAUAACUGUCCAUACUAUCAGAUAUAAUAAAACAGAACAGAAUAAAACCAAUCUAAAUAAUAAAUAAAACAGUGAGAACAGUAUUAGAUUUCAAGAACAAGACAGAAGAAAAUCCCCCAUAGUUGCUAUAUUGCAUAUUGUUAUCCUCUAAAUAGAUGCUCAGACUACUGGUUUUACACCUGCAAAGUCUAUGAAACAAUAUAAGCAUUAAGAUUUUUUUUUGAACCUCAGUUGCUAUCAACUCAGUCUGUGUACCUCUGAAUCAGCUGGUUGCUUAGGGGAAGGGCUGGAGGAGUAGUUUGUCUCUUCUUGUCUCCCAGCCCCAAACUAGCUUAUAGGAAGGGCCCUUCUUAUUUCUCUGUCCAGCCCACAGUUACCCCUGACUCACAGGGAGAGUGGCAAGCCACUCACUGUUUUAUAGAAUAAAACUGUUUUUUAUUUGUUUGUUUUUGAGGCCGGGUCUGGCUAUGUAGCUUAGCUGACUUUCAGCUCCCUAAGUAGUCCAGGCUGGCCUUGAACUUGAGGGAGUCCUCCUGCGUCAGCCUCCCAAGUGCUGUAUAGUAUGAAAGUUGAAGGUAUUUGUCAUGUGAGAGUCUUAAAAUUAAUAGAAAAAAGGGUUACUGAGAACAAUUAAACUGUACAACAAUUUUAAAUGAGUGCCAGAAUUCUUCAUGGAUCCUCCAAUGUCUGUUCCUUCUCCUCUCUAACAUAGCAAUCAAAUUCUUAACUGUCCUGUAUUAUGGCAACCAAGUUAUAUUUUAUAGCUUCCUUUUAUAAGUAGGUGCCUUAUUGCCUUAUGAUCAAGUUCUUCCAGUAAAGUGUGAGUAGAAGUGAUGUGUAUGAUUUCUAGAUGUGCCUCUACAAGAGUCAUGCCCUCCCUUUCCCUUUGCCAUGGAUUGGAUGGUGGUGUAAUGAUUGACCAUGCUAGAUCUUGUACUUGAAGUGAAUACUUAGCAAUAGUGGAGUUAUUUAGCCCAAAAUUGAUGUUGUCUGGUUCCUGAUGUGAUGAAGUUGCCCCAGUUCUGAACUGCUUAUGUCUGAAUUCUAGGGCUGUUCAUGAGAAACAUCUUCAUGCUUUUAGGAACUCUGCUUGAGUAUCAAUUACCUUUGUCAAAUAACUUAAGACUUACCCUAAGUCCAUGCAAUACCAACUGCUUUUAUGAAAUAGUAUGCAAUUACUUAUUAUUUUAUAGUCAAAGAACAUUUUAUGACAUUAAAUAAAAAUUGUAAAAAUAAACAGUGUGGUACCAAUUUUAUAUACAUUUCAACAAAAGUUUAAAGGGAAGAACAAAAAUGUAAAUGGCAAUUAUUUUUGGGUAGGAAUUUUUAAAUAACUUUUUUUACAUUUUGUUAAUUUUCUACAACGAAUCAGUGAAAAACAUACUUUAGAUGUAUAUACUAUACAGUCUAUUCAACAUCCAUGCAUCAAUAUUUCUUUCUUUUUCACUCUUUUUAAAAAUUAAUGAAUUAAUGGGUUUUGUUUUGGCAGAUUUGUAUAUGUAUAAAACGUACUUUCCUCAUUUUCAUCUCCUGCCAUCCUCAUUUCUCCAUUGUCCCCCACUAGUUUAACAUUUUGGGGGCUGUGAAUGCCUAUAAUACAAUUUUGCUCGUAUUUAUCCCCCUCAUGACCCACUCUUACACUCCAUGCUGUUGCCUUUCUCUUGUCUAUUAAUAAUUUCCUUUUUACAUUCUUGUUAUCUUCUUUAGAUUUUAUAUAUUAUGGAGAAUGUGUGAUGUGUAUCUGAGUUUGGUUUAUUUUGCUCAACAUAGUUGUCUCUAGAUCAUCCAUUUUCAUAUAGAUGACAGAAUUUCAUUCUUUCUUGUGACUGAGUAUUAUAUUGGGUAAUAUGUCACAUUUUCCUUAUCCUUUCAUUUGUUGAUAGGCACCUAGACUGGUUCCAUAUCUUGGCUAUUGUGAAUUAUGCCUUAGUAAAUAUUGAUAUGCAGAUACUACGAUAACAUGAUGAUUUUAAUUGCUUCUAAUAUAUACUGAGUAAUGGCAUAGCUGGAUCAAAUAGUAGCUUUAGUUUUAGUUAAGGAAUGCAUCAUGGUUUUCAUAAUUUACAUUCCUUCCAGCAGUGUAGAAGGUUCCUCGUUGCAGCCUCAACAGCAUAUAUUGUUUUUUUAUUAUUGAUGAUAGGCAUUCUGACUUAUAAUGUGAUGAAAUCUCAGUGUAGUUUUCAUUUGCAUUUCCUUAGUGACUAAAAAUGCUAAACAGCUUUUCAUAUACCUGUUACACAUUUUUACAUCUUUUGUGUAGUAUCUGUUGACUUCAUUUGCCCAUUUAUUGAUUAGUCUGUUUGAUUUUUAAUCUUAAAUUUUUUGAGCUCUUUACAUAUUCUAGUUAUUAAUCCUCCGUUGAAAGAGUAUCUGGUAAAGAUUUUCUUCUGUUCUAUAGUCUGUCUCUUCACUCCAUCAAUUAUUUCCAUGCCUGUGCAGAAACUUUAAUUUGGUGUAGUCCCGUUUGUUGCUUCUUGCAGUUAUUUCCGGUCUUGUACAAGUCUUAUUCAGGAAAUCUUUGCCUGUGCCUGUGACUUCCAAGUGUUUUCCCGUUGUUAUGUUUUGGCAAAUUUGAGGUCUCAGGUUUUAUACCUAUGUUUUUGAUCUAUUUUGAAUUGAUUUUUGUACAGAGUGAGAGGUAGAGAUAUAAUUUUAGCCUUCUAGAAGCGGGUAUCCAGUUGUCCUAGCACCAUUUGUUAACAAUACUGUCUCUCAGCAUGGUAGUGCACUCUAGUUAUCUUGGCAUUUUAGGAGGUUUUUGGAAGAAGAAUUGCAAGUUUCAGCCCAAUCUGGGCAAGUUACCAAGAUCCUGUAUCAAAAUAAAAAACAAAACAGUGCUGGGGAUGUAACUCAGUGUACAGGCCCUGGGUUCAAUCUCCAGUACUGAAAAAAAAAAAAAAAAGGUUCUCUUUUCUCCAGUGUAUAUUUUUGGCUCCUUUGCCUAGAUCAGAGGGCUCUAAUUGUGCAGGUUUGUUUCUGUGUCCCCUAUUCUGUUCCAUUGGUCUUUGUUUUAUUUUUGCACCACUAUCAUGUUGUUUUUGUUAAUAUGACUUUGUAGUAUAGUUUGAAAUUAGAUAUUGUGAUGCCUCCAGCCUUGCUUUUUUUACUUAGGAUUGCAUUGGCUAUUCUGGGUGUUUUGUAUUUCCAUAUGAAUUUUAGGGUUGUUUUUUUCUUGUUCUGUGAAAAAUGUCAAUAUUUUGAGGAGGAUUGCAUUGAAUCUAUAGAUCACUUUUAUUAAUCUGGCCAUUUUGAUAGUAUUAAUUCUGCUAAUCCAUAGAUACAGAAGGUCUUUCAUUUUUUUGUACCUUCUUCAAUUUCUUCUUCAGUGUUGUAAAAUUUUCACUGUAGAGAUCUCCUUUGUUAGAAUGCCCCUGUAGUAUUUUUAAAAAUAUUAUAAAUAAGGUAGGGGAUUUAGCUCAAUGGCACAAGUGCCUGCCUGGCUAGCAUGAGAUUGUGAGUUCAAUCCCCAGUACCAAACAUACACACAAAACAACCCCCCCCCAAAAUCCCCAAAACUCUCU